GGUGGGGAAGGGAAGAAACUUCAUAAGCACCUUACAAGAAAACGAAAGCGGGUCUUCUUGGUGUCGUGAAUUGAAUGCGACCACAAGGCCACCCCUUUUAUCUUUCUCUCUCCUCUUCUGCUGCCUCUGCCUCUCUCUCUCUCCCCACUACUUCCUAGGGAGGACUAUUGGACUAAAGAUUCCCUCUUUUGUAUGCUACAAAUAUGAGAAUGCUCCAUGGGAUAUCUUGCAACUUAUUCUACCACCCUUGUGAUUUUUUCCAUCCCAAGUUCGUGUUGAUUUGAUUGCAAGCCUUCACAAAACUUCAGCUUGAAAAAGAUACACCCAAAGUGGGCUUUUAAAUCCUUCUUUGGCCCUCUGAACAAUAGAUCCCUUGCCAAGAAAUAAGCUUGCUUUUUAUUUUUGGUUAUAGAGCAAUUACUGCUUGCACAAAGGGGAAUCUAGAAUUGCAGGAACAGAUUUCUCUAUGGGAGAAGCCCCAGCAUUCUUUGUUGAUGAGCUGCAGAAGGGAUAUGGAAAUGGAUUUGAUAUAAAAUCCAAAGGCGGUGAAACAGCCAUUCUCUUGGGCAACAGAACUUACGUGAUUGGUGGAGCCUGUGAGGAAUCGCCAUUGUCAAUUGGAGUUCAGAUUUUUGACCAAUCUACUGGUGAAUGGAUAUAUCCUACUGUGUUGGGAACAAAACCCAAACCAUGUAAAGGCCUUUCAGCAGUGCUUUUAAGUGAAGACCGAAUAUUGAUUACUAAGAAUGGUUCCACCCCAGACGAUUUUGCUUGGUUCCUUGAGGUGGACACCCAAUAUGUAAGGCAGCAGAAGAAAAUUUUGGGCACCGACGUGGUUGCCUGGAGUAAGGGUGUGAGGGGCUAUCCUGAGAAGCCAGUUGUUAUUAGUGGUCCUUCUGGGGUAGGUAAGGGGACACUAAUAUCCAUGCUCAUGAAAGAAUAUCCCUCCAUGUUCGGAUUCUCGGUGAGCCACACAACCCGUGCUCCUAGAGCUAUGGAGAAGGAUGGGGUCCAUUACCAUUUCAUUGAGCGAAGUGCCAUGGAGAAAGAGAUAGAAGAUGGGAAGUUCCUUGAGUUUGCUUCUGUGCAUGGAAAUCUCUAUGGAACUAGUGUUGAAGCAGUAGAAGUGGUAGCAGAUGAUGGGAAGAGAUGCAUUCUUGACAUUGAUGUUCAAGGUGCAAGAUCCGUGAGGGCUAGUUCACUGGAAGCUAUCUUCAUCUUUGUAUGUCCACCCUCAAUGGAGGAGCUUGAGAAGCGCCUUCGUGCAAGGGGAACUGAGACAGAGGAACAGGUCCUAAAGCGACUUCGAAAUGCCAAGGCUGAGAUUGAGCAAGGGCAAUCAUCAGGCAUCUUUGAUCAUAUGUUGUAUAAUGAUAACCUGGAAGAGUGUUACAAGAGUCUUAAGAAACUCUUGGGGCUAGAUGGAACUGUCACUGCUCCUCCUAAAUCAUCCUCUAAAGUGGUUGAUCUGCCUAUGGACCAUUCAGUAGCCAAAAUUGAUCACAGAAUCAUCAUAAACUCUAAAACUCCGGAACUGGGAAAGGCAUCUACGAACAUCAGGAUUGUGCUGGAUGUGUCAUCCCUCAAAGGAGGGGCCCCUGGACGGACUAGAGGGCUAGACAUUUAUACCAUGGACUCAUUUUUGGAUGGUUUGGCUGGUAUCAAUCACUGAGCCAAAGAUUUCAACCUAGAUAGCGACCGACUUCUUUGAUUUCUUUAUUCGUAUUUUCAAAUCUUUCUCAAUUUUAAUCUUAAAGAAAAAGUGGUGAUGAAGCUUCUUAUUUGAUUGUGUCAGAUCAUCGCAUAGAUUGGAUUAUUUUUUUCCCCAUUCUUUGCUUGUUUAGAACAGAGAUGACUUUAGACUUGGAGCAAUGUUGAACAAUUACAAUGACCCCCACAUGGGCAAAUGAGAGCUGAUUUAUGGUUUUGUUCGGCACA